CUUCCCCAGGUUACUAUGUGUGUCUCUCUCCAGAGUUACAAGUCUCUCUCCAGUAUCAGUGUAUCUUCAGACUUACCCAGCAUCGUUGUCCGUCCUCUUCAGUACUUUGGAGAUGUGAGUAAGUCUGUGUCUGAACUGAGAGAGAAACUAGAAGACUUCCUUAAAGGAGAAUGGACCAAGAUCUCCACUACAGUGAAUAUAGUGGAUGUUGUACUGCCUCCAGAGCCCAAGACCAGAGAACAGUUGUUACAAUAUUCCUGUCAGCUCACACUGGACCCAAACACAGCACACACACUCCUCUCUCUGUCUGAAGGGAACAGAAAGGUGAAACGUACAGGCCAAGUCCAACCAUAUCCUGACCAUCCAGACAGAUUCACCAACAACUACUGUCAGGUUCUGUGUAGAGAGGGUCUGUCUGGACGCUGUUACUGGGAGGUGGAGUGGACUGGGGAGUGGGUUAAAACAGCAGUCUCAUAUAAAGACAUCAGCAGAACAGGGACAGAUAGUGGAUUUGGACACAAUAACAAGUCCUGGAGUUUAAAGUACUAUAGUGGUGGUUAUUGUUUCAGACACAAUCAUGUUGAGACUAAAGUAUCAGGCCCUCAGUCCUCCAGAGUAGGAGUGUACCUGGAUCACAAGGCAGGUACUCUGUCCUUCUACAGUGUCUCUGACACAAUGACCCUCCUCCACAGAGUCCAGACCACAUUCACUCAGCCCCUCUAUCCUGGGUUUCAUCUCAAUGGUACUGCUAAGCUGAUUAAACUGUAGUAGGGUCCACAUAGAGACUAGUCAUGCUGGUGUAGUCUAUAGCUGAGCUGGUUAAACUGUAGUAGGGUCCACAUAGAGACUAGUCAUGCUGGUGUAGUCUAUAGCUGAGCUGGUUAAACUGUAGUAGGGUCCACAUAGAGACUAGUCAUGCUGGUGUAGUCUAUAGCUGAGCUGGUUAAACUGUAGUAGGGUCCACAUAGAUACUAGUCAUGCUGGUGUAGUCUAUAGCUGAGCUGGUUAAACUGUAGUAGGGUCCACAUAGAUACUAGUCAUGCUGGUGAAGUCUAUAGCUGAGCUGGUUAAACUGUAGUAGGGUCCACAUAGAUACUAGUCAUGCUGGUGUAGUCUAUAGCUGAGCUAGUUCCACUGUAGUAGUGUCCACAUAGAUACUAGUCAUGCUGGUGUAGUCUAUAGCUGAGCUGGUUAAACUGUAGUAGGGUCCACAUAGAUACUAGUCAUGCUGGUGGUGAUGGUCCCCAGAUGUGAUGAUUCAUUCUGCUCUUUUUUAUCUACAAUGAUUUAACUGAUUUGAUCUUCAGAAGAUGUUAUGAAUUAAAAUUCAAGGUUUUCAUAUUUUUGUAAAUGCAAUGUUUUAAUCUUAUACAUUUCCAUGAAUCAUGAUGUCUGGUGUUGAUGUAUAUUGGUUGUCAUUCAAAACCAUUGAUAUGUUUUCUCAGUUGGUUCUCUGUCUCUAUGUAAUCCUCCUCAGUAUCAUUGAUCAGCUUGUUGGUCCUAAUUGAUGUGUUCUCUGUCACCUGGAGCUGCAUGGAAAAUGGUCCAGGAACUAAAGGACAAUUCAGGACUAGUCAGCCCACUACAAGCUGGAAUCACUUACUUUCUACUAAACUAUAUGGACUGGUUUCCCAGACACAUAUUAAUCCUAGUCCUGGACUAAAAAGUAUGUUCAAUGUAGAUGUCCAGGAAACCGGCCCUAAAUGUGUCAUCUUUCAUCCGCCCAUACUGCUCAGUCCAGCAACAUUAAACCUGUCCAGCAGGUGGUGCUAUUGACCAAACAAUAAAACCAGCAGAUAUCUUGACUUGCCACUCAGUAUAUCAGUAAUGUUCAGAAUAGUACUUUAAUAUCAUUGGAGAUUGAUGGUCUUUUUAAUCCACUAUCCAGAGUCAGGAACAGAUGAAGUUAGGUCUGCUACUGUUCAGUGAUUAAAUAUGAUUUAUGGUGAUGGGAAAUAAUAAAAAACACUAAACUUCA